AUGCCGACCUUCUUGUUCCUUGCUGCUCUACUUUCGGGUGCUGGCGUCUUUGCAUCACCAGUCCCAACCGAAGCACCGGCUAAGCAAACAGGUUACCCGGUUAUCGUGGGGGAGAAUGGUUAUACCAGCGCUCCGUAUCACGGUCCGUACACGGGUACGCCUACCACCACUGGGGCCGUGAAGGCGCCGGCGACGCUUGCUGCGUCAAUCGAGCCCAAGCCUCCAAGCCCUACCGCGACGUACUACAACAGCCAAGGUGUGCCGCUCAACCCGAUGCCAGCCCCAUAUGUCCCUGCUGGAGGAUUGGGCACAAAUGGCACCGAGCCUCGCUACAUGGUAGAGAGUGACUGGGACUUCGAGUCGAUUGCUCUUGGUGUCUAUCAGGAGUACAUUGAACUCGAUCUAUUCCACGAUGGCCUUGCUCGGUUUACCGACGAGGAGUUCCAAGAGGCUGGCCUGGGCCCAGAGGCCCGGUCGCUCAUCGAGUUCAUGGCAAACCAAGAGACCGGACAUGCGACCUUGCUGAGCAACAUGCUGGGAGAAGCCGCACCGAAGCAAUGUGUAUAUAACUAUCCGUACAAGACUGUCCGCGAGUGGGUCGAUUUCAUGCAACGUGUCACUCGUUAUGGUGAAUCUGGCGUCUGGGGUUUCAUCUCCCAUCUCGACUCUCGCGAGGUUGCCACCCUUCUGUCUCUUUCAAUUUCCACCGAAGCUCGCCAGCAAUUGAUCUUCCGACAGAUGUCGGGACUCACCCCGAUUGAUGUUUGGUUCGAGAACGGAUGGCCCCAGUCCUGGCAAUGGACAAUGUUAGCCCCCUAUAUCAGCUACUGUCCCGAGGGUACCACUCGUCUCGCAUGGCAGAACUUCCCAACUCUCCAAAUCUUGAACAACCCGAACAUCAACCGCGUUUCCCCGGACGACACACCAGACGAUGGUAGCGAGACGGUCGGCAAGCGUAUCACCGACCCAUCAGUUUCAGACAUCCCAAAGGACGAGAAUUGCCUGAACAAGGACGCGAUCGGUAAGAAUUGUGCCCCCGCGAUUGCCCACAACCGCUCCGAGCCUCUAUCAUACCCUGGCAAGCAGGUCUUCCUCGAAUGGGAAGCGCCAGGUAAGAGCGUCGGACCGAACAACUCCUACAUCACGACAACAACUGCUGGUGAGCCUAAGUUCGUGGCCUGGAGUUCUCAAUUGAACUUGACCUACUCGCCUUUGACCCUGACGGGUGACAACACUGGCUACACGUACCAACCGGAGGGCUACGUCUAUGGCGAUGAUGGCAUCAUCAACGGCACCAUGGCUAUCAUGCUGACUGAUCUUGACCUCUUUGUCACCCCGUUUAACUUGACCAUGCUCAAUCCCCACAUUGUCGCCCUCGGCUUGUAUAUGGCUGGUUAA